AUGUCUCGGAAUCCGGGUAAAAACCAUCGAUCUCGGAUUAGAGAGCGGUCGCCACUGACCGAAUAUGAAUUGACUCAACAGAGAGUGCUCGAAAUCGAGCGGAAACUGAAAGAAAAAGAUAUCCGACUAGCAAAGGAGCAAAAGGUUAGAAAAACAUUGCAUUCACAAAAAAUACUUACUCUUUUCAGCGCCUCAAGAAAGAUUAUGGACUGAAUGUGGACGUUGACGUAAAUCGAUCUCCUUCAAUGUCUCCUCCCAUCGGCUACAUGUCUCCUAUCAGAAUUGGAGUUCCAGAUGAACGUGAACGUUAUGAGCCGUGAGAUUCCCUGCGGUUUGCUGUGAAUCUUGCCUGCUUUCCUUCCAGAUCGUCACCGAUUCGCAUUGGUUCCUCAAGUCCGUAUCGUGAUGAUUCUCCACCCUCGCCUCCUCGCCGCCGUCGUCCCAUUUACGAAAGUUUGACGUAUCAAUUUGAACGUCCCAGAGCUACCAACAAUCAGCCAACUUCGUCUGGAUUCGAGCAUCCUCCAGGAUACGAUAAUUACAAGUAUAGCUAUCCUGACCAUGUGAGAGUAGAACGCCUCCCCGUAUGGCCGGAACUAGAACUACAGCCACAUGCUGCUCCUUUGUUCAAUCCGAUUUGGCGCAAUGAACUCGACGUUCGAAUUGAUCCAAUCCCCGUUUUCCCUGUAGAAGGGGAAGAUGACAAAGACGAAGAAGAAGAAGAAGAAGAAGAAGAAGAAGAAUCAUCUCCGGAUUCGCAAACGAUGAUUGGAAGUCGACGUGAAGAGAAUCGAAGACAGAUGGCGAUGAUUGCUCAGCAGGCAGAACUUGCCGAACAACAGGAAAAGAGAGAACGCCAGAUUAAAGAAAAGGAACGACGGGAGAAGGAGAUGAAGAGGAAGCAAGAAGAGGAAGAGCGUCAGAAGGCCAGAGAGCACAUAGAGCAAAUGAGAAAAGAAGUUAUGGACAAACUGCGGGAAGAGGAUGUGAAAAAGCGGGAGAUCGAGCGGAAGAAAAGACAUGCACUGAAGAAAAAGGAAGGAGAAGAGGAGGCUCGAAGACGUGCAGGCAAAAGAAAGCGAGAUGAAUCCGCCACGACAGUCUCGGCGUCAUCUUCUCGCUCAGCUCCAGUUCCAUCCGAGUCGGAAGUUGAUGAAGUGUUCCUGCAGCGUCUCGAACCUGCGUUUGGAGAAGUAAAAUGUGAAGCGAAGAGAAUCGAGGGCAAAAGUAUCCUGUAGAACUAGUAAUGUAGUUACCUAUAAUAAAUUCAGAUUUCACUGUAUACAGAGGUAGAUGUCAUGUUGUGAAUAUUCCGAAAGAUUUUCUCUCUGGGAUCCAUGAGAGCAGCAUCAAAGGUAGCGCGUACAAAAGCGCAAUAUCGAAGUAUGUGGACAAGUUGGUCGCUUUGCGAAUCGUUGACGGCAAAGUUCGCGCGGCCAUGCACAAGAUCGCGGUUUGCGUCUAAAAUUUAGAUAACUGAAAUAACGUAUAUUAAUUUAGAAGCUUCCGAAGUUCUUGGCAGACUUGGUGGAGCCGCUCUGCAAUGAUAUUGCCAUAUACGGCACACAAAUCAGCGGUAAGGAGGAGAACAGGCUCCGAUGUUCGAAAUACGAACUCUUUUUUUUUCCUCUACUAACUUUCCGAUCACUAUUCUAUCUAAUCCCUUUUUUUAUUAUUUUUACUGUUCAGUGACUGAAACUGGUGACCAGAAGAGCAAGUUUGUGGCGUUUGCUGAAGAAAAGAGCAGGCAAUUUUGGAGCAUUCCGGAGAACAACGAGAAACUGAGCAAUUUCAUGAAGAAAAGUGCAUUUCCUCGUUCACCUGAGAAGAAGAAUUCGAAUCGAGAACAUCGAGAUCGAAAGGAACGAAGCGGCAAUCGGUCCGAGAGGAAGAGAUCAGCGACACCGUCACUUUCGAGCAAAGCUUCCCUCGAAGUACUGUUCGCGAGCAACGGAACCGAAGGAUUCACUUCAAUCGACCAGCAAUCUGUAUUUCAUUCUUCGAUUUCUCCAGCCAACAAUUAUUCGAUGCAGCAAACAGGUCUAGCGCCGCUCAUGCCGCUUCCAGUGAUGCCAGCUCCAUUGAUGGGCUCGUAUCAACACUAUCAGCAACAGCCACACGCAAUGCAGAACUACGACACGAGUACUUAUUCCCAGCAAAUGAUGCCGGUGUACAUGACGGCUCAUUCGGGACAGCCACAGUCACUAAUGAAGUCUGUACUCGUUCCACAGCCGUUAAUGCAAUCAACAGUCGUACCUCCUCAUAUGCAGCCAACUUCCGUCCAUCCGCAGACAUCGACCACUCAUCGGCAACUACUGGGUCAGCAACAACAUCGACAGCAGCCUCGAAGAUCCACACAAGAAGAGGAGGCCGAGCUGAUGGAUGAGAUAAUAACCUAA